AUGCCCGUCCUAUUGAAGCGAGACUGCUGGCGCGGCGACAACGGCUACCAGUACUGCACCCGCUCGCCCUGGAACGACUGGGUCCGCUGGGUAGUCCUCGUCAUCAUCGUCGUCCUCGCCUUCCUCCUCUUCGUCUUCUGCUCCUGCAUCACCGCACGCCGCCGCCGCCGUGCCGGCCGCCAACCCAUGUGGGGCACCGGCUGGGCGACGCGCAACGGCCACGGCGAACCUCAAUACUACGGUCCCGGCGCCAACGGCCAGCCGCAGCAAGCUCCCUACCAGACGGCCGCGCCCUACUACUACCCGCAGCAACAAGGCGGCGCCCCGCCCGCUCCUCCGUACUCGCCGCCGCCCGCCGGUGGCUACUACGCCAACCAGCCGCCAUCCCAUGCCGGCGGCUACGAGGCGAGCUCGCCCUACCCGCAGGCACCCCAGCCCGCCUACACGCACGACAGCUCGCGCGCUGGAGACAGCCUGUACGAGCCGCCUGCCGGCCCGCCGCCGGGCAAGACGGAGAACGGUGUCGUCCGGUAA